UGUCACCAGAUCACUACUAUUUCAGGUGUUCAAAAGAGAACUACUUUGAAUUUAAAUUUAGUCUCCAAAUAAAUUAUUUCAUAUUUUUGUUACAAUGAAACCAUUGACGGGGAUAGUUUUCAUUUUAUAUUGUUCUCUUCCUCUACAGAGAACAACAGCCACGAAAAAUGACGACAGGGACAUGUUUGAAGCAUUGAUUAAAACAUUAAUUGAAGACGAAAGGUCUGAAGUCAAUGCCAUAUCAGGAGGUCAGGCACACGAGAGUGAAGAUGUUCAAAGAGCUUACGGUAACAAGGAUAAUGAUGAAGGUCUUAUUAGAGCAAUUGAAGUAUUUCUGCAGUCCAAAAGAGCUAGAGAAUGGGACGAUAAAAAACGAUGGUUGAACGCAGAUAGAGAGCAAGCCGAUUAUGAAAGGCAAUGGAUUACCGCUGAUGCAGCCUACAAAGGAACCAACACUGGGUCCACGACAAAAAGCACAACAAUUACAACUGUUCCUACAAGUACAACAACUGUUCCUCCAAGUACAACAACUGCACCUAGACGAAGAUAUUGCUUCUGGGUUUGGUCACGACGAUACUGUUUCUAAUUUGACAAUCAGCAACACGAAUUUUAAUAAAAUACACAAAAUAUAAUACAUGAUCAUUGUUCAACCUCUGUCGCUCCAGCUACCAAUCGAACAAAUUUGCACAGGCCCACCGAGUUCCAGCGAACGAAGUUUGACUGACUAAAAUUAUAACCUGUGUAUACAUAGAUAUGUUAAUACUGUCUGUAGACAUACAUGUAUAUAUCUUUGUUUCACUUCUUUGUCAAUUUUAUUGAUAUUUACAAAUAGCUCUAAUUUUAGAUUAUUAGUUUGAAAGAGUAAAAUGUAAAAUGAUAACAUCAUCUUGUUUUACAGUAUCUUCGCCGAUUUCAGUAUAA